AUGACAAGUAAUGCUGACUUGUCAACAAUAGAUAAGAUGGCCCAAGAUGCUUACAAUUUGAGCGAAGCGUACCGUUUCAAGGAGCAAGCGAAUGUUCGAUAUAGCGAGAAAGAUUAUGCUGCAGCGAUCUAUUUAUACCAUCAGUGCUUACUUCGUGCUCGAGCGAUCCAGCAACUUUCACAGUUUGGAUUGCAGAGCUUGGCUCGCAUGGAGCGAAGUGUAGAUGAGUCGGUAACCGAUCAGGAAGAAAGUGCAAGCGCGGAAGGAAGCAGUAAAGUUGUUGAUAUGAAGCAUAUUGCUGGUGAAUCGGUAGUGAAGGAUGUCGAAAAAUUUGGCGAAAGGCGCAAAAGAAUCAGUUCAACAAGUCGCGGUGAAGAAAUGAAAACAGAAGCAACUGUUAUCGCAUUGAAGUGUUACGCUAAUUUAGCAGCAUGCAUUUUGAAGGGACAGAAUCGUACUGAAUCCGAUUUUCUUCGUGCUGUAGAAUAUUGCGAUAAGGUCUUAUCAGUGCAGCCUUCGAAUGAAAAAGCCUUAUACCGUAAGGGAUUGGCGCUUUCAAAAGUAAACAUGUACGAAAAAGCAAUCGCAGUACUUCAAAAAUGCAGUUGCAGUAAUCGUGAAGCACAAAUAAUAAUUGAUGAAUGUCAACAAUUAUUAGAAGAGGAACGACAACGGCGAGAUGAUCAAAUUCGACGUAAUUUCUCACGUGCAUUUGGAGCUAGAGUAAAUGGACAUUAUUUGUUACAGGAAUAUAAUGAUGGCGUUGUGAAUCAGAUAAUAAUGAAUGGAAAUGCCAAUACAAAUUCAGGUGGUGAGCAUCGCUUGAAUCUUCAGUAG